CGGAGCGUACAAUCCCCCGCUCUUUAUUCUGUAGAACAUCAUGCUAACCUGCUAGCGUGCUAGCUGACAACAUGACCGCGCAGGGCCUGUUGACAGGCGGCCUCUCUCCAGACACACAGCGGGGAGACCCGCAGAGCACAGGUGGAGGGGGAUCCGUACGCCCGGGUGAAGCCGAUUUCAUUCCGGAGCGGAACCUCCGACUGACGGCCUGACAAGAGCCGCCUAUUAACGUCGUGGGGCCGUGGGCAGCCAGGGAGGGCGGUGCUGGUCUGACGGCUGCUGAUAAACAGUACCAAACGUCGACAGUUGCUAAACAGUAAUCAAUACUACAAACAAUAUUGUAACUGUUUGGACACGGGAAUAAUCAGCAGAUAAUCGAUAAUGAAGGUAAAGGGCCGCUGUGCUGAAAGUAAACAGUCCCGGGCUCUGGGCCCCCGGGAGAACAUCGGGUCACAGCACUGCAGGUGUGGUUGUGGUGAUGAGCAGCAGUGAGUGUUUUGGUUGCGGCCGCAGUGGCCACUGGGUGAAGAACUGUCCGAGCGCUGGCCGAGGACGAGGGAAGGGUCGCGGCAGAGGCAAAGAUCUGUUCUGUUACCGCUGUGGCGAGCUUGGACACGUCGCCAGAGACUGCGAGAGGACCGAGGAUGCCUGCUAUAACUGUGGAAGAGGAGGUCACAUCUCCAGAGACUGCAAGGAGCCAAAGAAAGAGCGGGAGCAGCUGUGCUACAACUGCGGAAAGGCCGGACACAUGGCGCGGGACUGUAACCACGCCCACGAGCAGAAGUGCUACUCCUGUGGUGGCUUUGGACACAUCCAGAAGUGCUGUGAGAAGGUCAAAUGCUACAGGUGUGGGGAGAUUGGCCAUGUCGCGGUGCACUGCAGUAAGGCAUCGGAGUUGAACUGCUAUAACUGUGGGAAGUCGGGUCACCUGGCCAAGGAAUGCACUAUCGAAGCCACUGCCUAGUGGACACCCAUUCCUGAACCCCCCUCUUUGCCCUCUUUCAUCUCUUCUUUCUUUCUCUUUAUUGGUUCCCUUGAUCCUCUACUCCCUGGUCCAGAGGCCAGUCAGUCAGCCUCGCAUCAGCCAGUAAAGGUGGGCAGAGGGCGGAGGAGGGUGGACACUAAACAACAAAACUGUCCUUUGCUUUCCUAAAAACAAAAACAGAAUCUGUUUUUAGUUUGGUAGCGCUGUCAUUACAUACAAAGCUUUGUUUUAAGAAUAUUUUCUGCCCAGUUGAUUGACGGAGAGAGUAGAUCAAUAGAAAGAAAAAGGUUAAAUCCCUCCAUUCAGUAUGAAAAUGGGCAGGGCUGUGUCUGAGGAAAAAUAAUUAACAUACGUUUUUAUCUUCCAACAAUUUUGUUUUCUUUUUCUGGAAAAAAAAGAGAUGGUCUGAAAGAAGAGCGAUUGGUCCCACCUCCAGCAAACAACCAGUCACCGCGUAAGAUGAAUGAGCCAAUCAGGGCGGUCACAGCAGACAGCAAAUGGAACAAUUAUUCAUGUUUUAAAGGUGCAUUUUGUUGUCAUUUGUUUGGACUUGACAAAGUGACACACAGACAAAAACUAACAACAAUAAUAAAACUUAAGUUUGGGGAGAGAAGAAUGUUAAAAAAAAAAUCCAAAUCUUAUUUUUGUACAAUUUAUCACUUAGAGCUACUGUAAAAAUGUCAUUUGGUUGUACUGCAGACAGUGAGUUUAACCCGAUAAUAAAAACAUGGAGGAGGAGGAAGAGAACAGAGCUGA